CCACUGCUUCCUUUUCCCAGCCGGCCUCUCUCAGAGGAUGGCGGCUGCGGCCGGGCCCAGGCUGGGGGCGGAGGAACUGGGCCUGCUGGAGAAGUCUCUGGGGCUGGCGAAAGGGAACAAGUACGGCGCCCAGGGGGAGCGGAAGACUCCAGUUCUUCAAACAAACAAUGGACCCAGCCUAAUAGGAUUGACUACUAUAGCCACCCAUCUAGUUAAACAAGCUAAGAAAGAGCAGCUGCUUGGAAAUACUGCAGAAGAGAAAGCUAUAGUUCAGCAAUGGUUAGAAUAUAGAGUUAUUCAAGUCGAUGGCCAGUCUAAUAAAGAAGAUACUAGAAUAAUUCUGAAGGAUCUUAACUCAUACCUGGAAGACAAAGUCUACCUUGCAGGAAACAACUUUACCUUAGCAGAUAUUUUAAUGUAUUAUGGACUACAUCACAUCAUGGUUGACCUUACAGUGCAAGAGAAGGAGAAAUAUCUUAAUGUGUCACGCUGGUUUAAUCAUGUUCAACAUUACCCGGGUAUCAGGCAACAUCUGUCUAGUAUUGUCUUCAUCAAGAAUAGACUUUAUACUAAUGCUCAUUAGGAGAUAUGUAAUAGGGAAUCUGGAAGGGUAAUUGGGAAUUUUUUUUUCUGGAUUUCAAAACUGCAGUCUUCAAAACCACUAGCUUUGCAAGCAUUGAUGUGUACUUCCUUAUGUGAACCUGACCAGUUGAUGCCUCAAGUAAUAAAGUUGCAUUGAAUAACUAUCACUUGUUAAGGAUUUGAACUUCAUAAAAGCAAUUAUGUGGCUUAUUUGAUCAAGUGUAACAGUAGUAAAAGACUGAAAUCAAGCAUUGAGUUUUAUUUUUUAUUUUUUUAAAUUGAGAGUUCCUUUUAAUCAUACAAAUUAGACUGUAAUGUCUCAGUCUUUAAUGUAGGAAAGCGCAACUGUUUUUCCUUCAAUUUUCACUCCUUUUGCUAUUCAAUGAACUUUUACAUAUAUUGUACCUCAUUGUUUCCAUUUUGUUUUCCAUGGAUGUUUACGCUAGUUUUGUAAAAGUUAUAUAAGAGCUAUAUUAUGUGCCAAGGAUGUGAAAAAGGGAGAAAACAAAUAUUUAUGUGAUCUAAUAAAUUAUUUAAAGUCUA